AUGGAACUGAAUGGAAAAACAGAUUUUACUAUGAUGCUGAUCUACGAGUGUGUAGAAUGUACUGGCAUGGUGGCUGCUUCUCUUCGUCUAGAAAUGAUUUUGAACAUCAGGAGACCUGUCAAUGGAGAUGCAUGGGCACUCAUCCUAACCCUAUUCGCUCAAGUACGAGGUUGCCUUGAUCAAUUCGAUCAAAUGUACAAAGAAGACUGCAAUCAUGGCGAGUUUAACGACCGCUACUUCUUCAAUCACGAC